AUGAUUAAUACAACAAACGGUGAAGUAAUGUCUGCAUUUAAAGAUACCACUAUGCCAGGCAUACCUGAGUGGACAAUGGACUUUAAAAACGGAGUAUUAUUCGACUCCUAUGGAAUGAUCUACUUAGGACUCAUAAUUAUAUCGUAACCACUUAUGGUCAAGCGAUGCUAGAAUUAGUGCUAUAGCUGCUAUGAAAUUUAAUUCAAAUGA